GGUCCCUGCCGGGCCUUGCUCUGCCCUCCCGGGGACACCGGCUCUGCCCCCGUGUCCCCCAUCACCGGCGAGCCCGGGUCCUGUCUCGGCACCGGCGUGGGGUGCUGGAGUAUGGUCCUGGUACACGGAUAGGGAGGAUGAAGAGCAGGGACUGCUCAAGGGGCAGGAGGUGGCUUGGAGCGGUCUGGUCUCGUUUUCUCUCCUCCCCGGGGGAGAAGAUGGAGUAACAGAGAAGGUAAAAUAAACCCGAAUCCUCCCGCUGUUAUAUCUCCUGACUUACACGCCACCCAUGUGCUGGUGUGCCCUCAGGGACGCGGGUUAAUGGUGGUCCUGGGGUGAUGGGUGGACUCGGUGGUCUUAAAGGUGUUUUCCAACCUCGUUGAUUCUGUGUCUGUGCCACACUGAGCCUUCCCUGUACAACCCAAAGCGUGCUGCUGUGCAUGAGGGCUGGCAGCCCAUGGUGCUGAUGAAAGGUAAAAUGAGUUGCCCCUAUCUGAUUGCUCCUUCAAAUGGGGUAUUUUUUGCCAUCCCUGUGUGUGUUAGGGUUAGGGGUGUGUGUCUCCCUCUGUGCCACAGGCAUCCCUCCUUCUCCCACCACCCCUUUAGAAAUCCACGGUUAGAAGCUGCUGCUUCCCUGACUCAAUUCCUGCUGGGCAAUGGAUAAAACCACUCAGUAAUUCCGGUGAAAACCCAAGAAUUUGCCCUUCUCCUGCCCUGCACUUCCCCGGAGAGACCCGAAACCGAUCGAUGUGCCUCGCCUGGGGCUGACUGCCACAGCCCAUGGCUCACCGGCUCUCUCUUCCUCCUCUCUAACAACCAGAGCCUCCUCAGCAAGGUCAGGCAAACAGCCGCUGAUAAAACAACUUCCAGGUUGCUCAUUCCAAGGCCGGAGCACUCAGGUCAUGGAGGGGAGGCCCCAGACGAGUGUGUGUGACCCCGCUGGCAGUGACAUUGCCAGCAGCGCAGAGGCCUUGGUGCCAUGGUACAGCCUGGGUUAAUGACUUUGUUUGCACUGUUUGGGUAAUGGUGAUAAGGUCGCCCAACCCACUGGCCCUUUCCUUUGCUGCUUCAUUGAGAAAACGGCCGUUGACACAGUGCAGAAAACAACUUUGCCCCGGCCAAUCAGCCCGGGGACGGCGGGUGGUUGGGCUGUUAUAAUGACUGCUUAAUCACAGCGCGGUCAAGGCUGUGGAGGGGUGUUUCACUGCUGGCCCGGCCUUAUAAGGGUGGGUUUGAGCAGCUAUGGGCUGGCAGAGCUGGGAGGACCGGGAGAAUCCAGCCUGCGGCGGACGGUUUAGGAGGGAUUUUAUGUCUCUCUCCCAUCUGCUGUAGCAGGAGCUGAGUUUUGCUGAGGAUCCAGCCGCUCGGUUUGGCUAUGACCAGCAGCAGCAUGGACAUGGACUGUGAGAGGUGCCAGUGCCACAGUGAGGACAAGCACACCGCCAUCCUCUACACCCUCCUCAGCCAGAACCUCAGCCACAGCCCAGCGCAGCAGCGCUGCCUCUGCCACCAGCGCCGCACCGUCUGCCUCCGCACGCCCCACGUCACCUGCCAGGCGGCCUCCAACGUGCUGGUAAAGACCAUCAGCUUCAUGAAAAACCUCCCUUCCUUCAACCUGCUGCCACGAGAGGACCAGCUCCUGCUGCUGGACAGCUGCUGGGUCCCCCUUUUCCUCCUGGGGCUGGUCCAGGAGAUGGUGACCUUCGAGGUGAUGGAGACCCCAGCCCCCAGCAUGCUCAAGAAGAUCCUCCUCGAUGGGCAAAGCAAACGGCAGGAGCCUGAGUGGACACAGCCCACGCUGGUGGCUGUGCAGCGGCUGCAGUGCUGCCUCAACACCUUCUGGAGCCUGGACCUGAGCCCCAAGGAGUACGCCUACCUGAAGGGAGCCAUUCUCUUCAAUCCUGACGUCCCUGGGCUGAGGGCCUCCCUCUACAUCGAGAGCCUGCAGCAGGAAGCCCAGCGAGCGCUUCAGGAGGUGCUGCAGCCCCUGCACCCCGAGGACCAGGGCCGCUUCGCCCACAUUUUGCUGAUCGCCUCCACCUUGAAAUCCAUCCCUCCUGCCCUCAUCACGGAUCUCUUCUUCCGACCCAUCAUCGGCAACGCGGACAUCAUGGAGCUCCUCGCCGAAAUGCUCUAUGAGAUAACGGGCAGGCAGGUGGCUCCUGCGGCGUGCUGAGGAGCCACGCUCAGCCCCCAGCCCCAGGGGUGCUCCCCACGCCUCGCCAGGUGAGGGAAGUGAAUCUGGGAGCAGGGAUUUAGCCUUGGACUCUGCAGGGAUUGUGUUAGGGAUGAGGCAGGAGGAUUCUGCCGGGCUGCAGCAGAGCAGGCAGAGAAACUGCUCCCAUUCAGCUGGUGUUUACAGCAGCUCUUGGUCUCCGUUUCAGGCACCUGUGAACAGAGCAUGGAGCAGGGCAGGUUAGAGCCCAGCCUGGUUUUCACUCAAUGAAUCCUUGAUCCCAUUGAAAUCAAUGUGCAUUUUGCUGUUAACUCCAGGCGAUGAGGUUUAUCCUCAACUAACAGCUUGAUUCUGUGGUGUUGAGGCACGUCCUCAGCAUCGCUUCCCAAUCCAAACAUGGUGGGAUUAGGUCUGGGUGAAGUCUUGGUCUGUUUAUUGUGCUCGAAGUCUUAGAACUGCUCAUGAAAGAUCUUCUAAGGCACCAAAAGGGGAAAAGCCAGUAUUAAAUCUUGCAGGGUGUGCAGAUUUCCCUCUUUUACACUAAGACUCUUUUCUCUCUAAGACCAUGAAAUGCCACAGGACUGCUUGCUUACUAAGAGCAUUUGGGGCCGUGGGCUCACCUCUGUGAGCCAGUGAGCAAACCCCAAGCUGCAAACACUGUGGAGCUGAACUGAGCUGGUUUAGCAGUAAAACCAAAGAUCCCUCGUUGGAGAUACAGCCUGGAGAGCUCGUUCCUCCUGCCUGCAGCUUCUGCCACAAGUUAGAUGUCAGUAUUUUAUAAGGAAACAUUCUGUGGUUUGUAUAUAAGACGUAAUAAAUUAUUUUUUUAAUAAAACAGUUUAUGUUUUGGAACGUG